CAAACAAACGUUAAGCCUGUGUAUGAUGAUAUGUGACUAACCGAAAGCAUUAAGAGACGGUCCCCAAAAAACAACAAGAAAAAUGGAUCRUUAACUGACAGAUGAUGCAAAAAUGAGACAGCAGAACUUACGGACGAUAUUUUUAACUAUUUGUUGUUUAUCGUACCUUCUUGUCGGCGCCGCGAUAUUCAGCGCGUUGGAAUACGACGAGGACCAAGUACGAAGACAUGAUUUGAAACUACAUCGAGAAWUUCUUAUGCAAAAAUACAACAUAAGUAAGGCAGAUAUUAAAGUGUGGGAAUCGUUUUUACUAGCCAAGGCCAAUGUCGAAGCUAAUCUAUAUCAAUGGAGUUUUGCUGGUUCGGUAUAYUUCGCCACAACGGUCAUUACUACAAUAGGAUAUGGACAUACAGUUCCAAAAACUCAAAGAGGGAAGAUAUUUUGCAUGCUCUACGCAGCGGUUGGGAUACCGUUGGCUCUCACGAUGUUUCAAUCUAUUGGAGAGCGACUCAACUCUUUCUUAGCCUCAAUGUUCAGACGAUUGAAACGAAAAAUGGGCAAGAAUGAUAAAGAUGUUUCAAGCACAACUAACUUGGUUGUAAUCUGUGGGUUGCUUUCGAUGGCAAUCACAGUUUCGUCAGGUGCAUUCAUAUAUCGUUAYUACGAGAAGUGGGACUAUUUUGACUCUCUUUACUACUGCUUUAUUACUGUCACWACUAUUGGCUUUGGAGACUACGUCGCUCUUCAAGACCCUAUAGACCAUAGAUAUGAUAAUACAUACGUUGGAAUAUCAUUACUGUUUAUAUUUUUCGGUCUUACGAUAGUAGGUUCUGUUAUGAACCAGUUGGCUUUAAGACUGCUAACUGCAAGUCAAACGAAAGAACCCGUGGAGAACUUAGUUCACGGCGGGCCGCGGUGCGAGCGAUGUUCAAUCAAGUCAACGCAAGAGCAGUUUGACUGCUGUGAUCAACCAUCGGACUAUUCUACCACAUUACUAAGAAAUUAUGAAGAUGAAAUUACUUUCACGACUUAUAAGGAACCUGUGUAYACGGGCGCUGACAAGAAGCGAGCUUCAGUUUGAAUAUUCAUCGUACGAUUUCUUUUUGGGAUAGCUCUGCUUUCCCGCGUAAUGAAAACAUGACGUUCGUCGGCGAGGAGAGUGAUUGAGCCGAGAUGUCACCGAAGAUGAACGCGAAAGUUGGUGGUAAUUCUGAAUUUGUUCAAACAGCGUAAAACAGGAGCGAAUUUAAUUURUAACGGUUAACACAACGACAGAGAUUACCUCAAAAUACUGAGAGAAAAACAAGAAAUUAUUCUAAUACUAAAUUAUCRAGAGCCAAACGUCUUUUCCUUCAGAAAAAGCCGAUAUUUGGCUUAGUGGAUAUGAUCCAUUGUGGGGAUAUUAAGAUUGGAGCGAAUAGUAGCCACACUGCCACCUGUAAGCCUUCUGAAAUAUUUAUUAACGAGAACAAUGUUUUAUUCAGAGUGUUUUGCAAACCUUUUUUCGUUUUUAUUUCCAUGGCGUCGUCUUCUCGUCAAAUUACAAAAAAUACUUGUCACUUAAAAAGCCUAGAAUUAAUCUAACGUUAAAAAAUUAGAAAGAGAAAGAAUGACGUCACUAUUUAAGUGGAAAAAUUAGAACGGUUGAGCGUUGAAUCAUCCCACCGACCAGAAUUAUUUAUGAAGCGUCGCUUUAGUACCAUUGUCAAUAUCAGCUCACUAAGAUAUUAUAAAUUCGCCAUUUUCAUACAGCKAAMUUGAUAAAAUACCAAAACUCCACAAGUUGGAGACAUUUUUACAUUAUAUAUUGUAAAUUUUUAUGAAUUUUUCAAGCCUCUUCGAAGUCGAGUWAUUUGUAAGUCAUAUUUCAUGAUUAUUACAUUGAAUCUACAUGUACAAAAUAAAAUAUUUUUGUAAAUUAAGAGAGUGGUGUGUUAGUGAGCAUGCGUUCUGGAAACAUUGGGAAAACCCCAAAGAUCUGAAUUCAUAUAUCAGAGGCUUGUAAAAGAAAUAUAAUAUAAUCUUAGAAAAUAUAUAAUUUCAUCUAAAAGAAAUGUUCAUACGCUUUUCAAAUAGAAUUUCAAAACCAUAUGCUUUGAAUCACACUAAGUGUAAAUAUCGAUCAAUAUUAAAAAAACGCUUUUUCAUGUUUAAAAUUAAAUGACAUAAUUUCACUCUUGGGUUUAUUUGUAGUUUAAAAUGGACACUUUCUAGAGCUCGUAUGGUACUAUAUAUUAGUUCAUUUUAUCGUUUGUCACAUCUAAAUUAUUUUUUCUUGUUUUCAUCUCCUGCGAGUAGCAUAAUGACGCUAAAUUAGAAAAACAAGCACGGCUAGAUUAGAGAAAUAUAGCUGGUAGUCUAAAAUCUUUUUUUUUUGAAAUCUGUAUUUAGCGGACGGAAACAUCGUGGGGCCUUGGAAAGGAAACAAAUUACAUUUAAUGCCGAAAGAUGGACCUAAAAAGAGUAUACAAACACAAUAUAUGCAUAAAACAAAUAUCGGUAUGGAAAUUCAUUCUGAUAAAUUAAAGCUGUUAUUGUUAAAAA